AUGUACUUUGAUGGGGCUGCACAUCGUGGCGGAGCUGGAGCUGGCGCUGGCGUAGUGUUCAUCACUUCGCUAGAAGAGAUUAUACCAUUCUCCUUUACUUUGAAGCAAUGUUGCUCUAAUAAUGUCGUUGAAUACCAAGCAUUGAUACUUGGACUUGAGAUGGCCGUCGACAUGAAGCAAUUACACUUACAAGUCUUUGGUGACUCUCAGUUGGUGAUCAACCAACUCUUGGGGAGUUAUGAGGUGAAGAAGCCCGAAUCCUUAUCAUGGCUAUGCCCAAAAGUUGAUAGGAUGGCUUGGAGAUGUAACCCUUCAACAUGUGCGUAG